UAGCGCUAGAGAAAAAAUGAAGAAAAAGAAAAGUUUACCCCCCGCCCCCUCAGUUGUAGAUAAGCUGAGAUAAACCUGGAUAAACGCUUCAAUUAAUUGUAUUUUCUAAACUAAGUCGGAGGCAAAGAGUCAGCAAAGGCUUUAACUGAUAAUGCUACUUCUCAUAGUAAUCAAAGUCUCGAUUGAGUAAUGCCUUCUUGAUUACUGGAACACCAUGGAGGAGGCAGCACAAGCAGAAGAAGAAGAUUUUCCUGGCCGUCUUCUUCAUCAGGCUGCAUUGUGGGAUAAUGCAGAACUUUUAGAAGACCUUCUACAUGGAGACCAAAUUGCCCACAUCAAUAGUCAAGAUUCUUGGGGGCGAACACCAUUGCAUGCUGCUGCCACUAAUGUGAAAUCUCGGUGCCUUCCAGUUCUACUUCGCGCUGGAGCAAAUCCUAAUAUUUUUUGUGGACCACGUGAUGAAAGAAGGACACCCUUGCAUGUGAGUGCCGUUCAUGGCCAUGUCAGCAAUGUUCUUCAGUUGCUAAGACAUCAUGCUGACCUCACUGCAACUGACCGCCAUGGACAAACAGCUAGAGAUUUGGCAGAAAAAGGGGGUCACCACGAUGCUAUGGCUGUCCUCAAAGAAGCUGCAGAUGCCAAGGAGUCGGUGCGGCGCGGCGCCCACGCCCAGGUGCGCGAGGCGGUGCUGGCGGGCGACCUCACCCUGGUGCGCUCGCUACUCGCCGAGCUGGGGCCGGAGGCCGAACUCGUCAUCAACAUGGCACCUAGCGGCUCCAACACGCUGCUGUUCCUGGCGUGCGAGCUGGGCCACCGGGAGAUGGUGCAGGACCUGCUGGACAGGCAUGCGGACGGGCGCAUCCACCCCGUGACGCGCUACUCGCCGCUGUACAUCGCCUGCUUCAAGGGCCGCAAGGACGUGGUGCAGAUUGUGCUCAAGCGCUUCCCCGAGCUGGUGCGCCAGUUCACCGUGGAGGAAUGGCUGCCCAUACACGCGGCCGCCAUCAACGGCCACCUCUCUGUGAUCGAGCUCUUGCUCCGGCACCCGUACCCCCCGGGCGUGCUCGGCUCGUACCGGGACUCGACCAACGAGUGGGAGUACGAAAUGCCCUUCGACAUCAACAUGCAGGACCGCACCGGUCAGAACGUGCUGUACCUGGCCUGCGUGCUCGGCAACGCCAAGAUGGUGGACAUGCUCCUCAAGUUUCGCGUCACGGCGCGCCGUAUCAAGUCGUGCGAGGAGGCCCAGGAGGCCGUCGGGGCCGGGCCGCCGGAGCCGUCGGAGCCGCGCAGCCCGACCAGCGGCGCGCGCCGCAUCUCGGACGGCAUCCACUCCAUCAUGUCCCGCCUCAACCUGAGCCUCUCGUCGCGCAGCAAUAGCGCGAGCGGGGCCAGCGCCACGGAGCGGCAGCUCAGCCCCGUGCUGCUCGACAUGAGGUGCAACGCCAACGCGGAGACGGCGCUGCACGCGGCGGCCAGGGGCAAGCACUGGGACAUCACCAACGCGCUGCUGCAGGCCGGCGCCGACCCCAACGUGGUCGCCCAGGACAGCGGGCCGCACGAUGAGGACGGGCACGGUAAGGCGCCGGCCGCGGGCGGGACCGGGGGCGCGGGCGCUCCCGGGGGCGGUGGCUCCACGGCCCUUGUGGAGGCGUGCCGGAACAGGGACAUCGGCAUGGUGGACCUGAUGCUGCGCUUCGGUGCGCGCGACGACGAGUGCAGGGCGCUGCGCGUGGCGGCCGGCCUGGGUUCCGGCAAGGAGGACAUCCUACUCGCCAAGCUGCUCUCCAUCAAGGCACACGUCGACCCAGAGUAUAAAAUCAACAAGAAAGCCAUGAGUGAGAACGUGCCCGCGGCGGCUCAGUUCGCCGGGCUGGCCAGCCUCACGUACAGCUCCAUGUUCCCCAACACUCCUGCCAUGAUCAACUGGCACGGCCUGCGCUGCGGGCUGUCACAGGUCCGGACGCAGUGGCUGGUAGACGCGGCGCUGCACGUCAACCCUAAGCUGAAGCUCAACCCCCGGCACCAGGACAUCGCGCUGUACGCCAUCACGCGCCUCGACCUCUCCAACAACGCCCUCGAGUGGGUGCCGCCCGCCGUGCUGCAGCUGCAGAGCCUGCGCUGCCUCAACCUGGCGCAGAACAAGCUGGAGCGGCUUCCCGAGCCCGCGGGGUCGCCGUCGACGCGGGGCGGCAAGGGCCGCGGCGGGGCGAAGGGCAAGGGCGUCACAUACAACGCGCCCUGCCUCAAGGAACUGUACUUGCAGUACAACAGGCUGGUGCAGGUUCCCGAGGAGGUGUUUUCGCUGCCGUCCCUGGUCACCCUCGACGUGUCCAACAACCAGCUGCAGGCGCUGCCUUACGCCGUGUGGCGCGCGCCCAAACUCAAGGAGCUGAACGCCGCCUUCAACCUACUCCGCGACCUGCCCUCCGUGCCACCGGAACACCAGGGCCCCUCUACACCCGGCAGCACCCGGUCGCACUCCGACUCGCUCAGCGUGUCCUCCGUGGACUCAAGCCGCUCCUCGACGGACACGUGCGGGACUCUGGACGCGCUCGAUGACCUCGCCCUCGCCCUCAACCUGAACCUGCUCUCGCCCGCCGAGGACGCUCUGGACAGCCAGUCGCUCCACGCCUCGUACGCGAGCGCUAAGACGCUGCGGCAGCGCGACCUGGCGCACCACAACCUGUGGAGUCGCGGCCACGGCGUCGAGGUGACGGAGCAGAUCCUGCUCAGCGAAUGCGACCAGGAAGGGUGCUCGCAGUUGUCCGCCCUCAAUCUGGCCCACAACCAGUUCACCAGCAUCCCUGCUGCCCUGCCCUGCCUGGCCGUCAACCUGACUCGGCUCAACCUGGCCUACAACAGCCUGGGAUCCAUGGGGUACAUCACAUCCUACCCCAACUCUCUGAAGCAGCUGGACCUGUCGCACAACCAAGUGUCAUGCUGGCCCAGCCUGCCGCAGAUGGACCCCACCGCGCUGGCAUGCUUCGCCCCCGUCCCCAGCACAGAGGCGGGUGGGGCCGCCCCAAGUGUGUCCGGCGCGAUGGCCGCUGCCCCUGCCGCCGUGGUGAAGCUGCCCGCCAUCGGGAGCGCACUGGCGUGCCGGCGCACGCUGCGGAGCGUCAUCCUGGACUGCGUGUGCGUGCACCGGCGUCACCUGCGUCUUGACAACAUGCGCACCCUCAUCCUCGCCGACAACCGCGUCACGCGAAUCCAGCUGACCACGGAUGACGACGGUGGCGGCGGCGUCCCGGACGAGGAGGAGGUGACCGAGACCGACGUGCUGAGUGCGCCAUCGGCACCCCGGCACCAAAGCUCGGUGAGCGCCACGAAGGCGCGUCUGAUGAUGCCCAACCUCAGCAUGCUGGACCUGAGCAACAACCAGCUCAAGGGCAUCCCGCACAACAUCUACGAGCUCAGCAACCUCUCGGUGCUCAACAUCAGCGGCAACACGGACGUGUGCGAGCUCCCGCACCAGAUGGGGCUGCUCUCGCGGCUCUGGAACCUCAACACGCGCGGCUGCAACCUGCAGGAGCCGCUCAAGUCCAUGAUCGACUCGAAGAAGUUCAAGACGAUGGACGUCAUCGGCUACCUCAAGUCGGUGCUGGAGGAUGCCAAGCCGUACGCGCGGAUGAAGCUCAUGAUUGUGGGCGUGCAGGGCAUCGGCAAGACGUCGCUGCUGGAGCAGCUGCGCCAGGAGGGCACCGGCUCCUUCCGCAAGCGGCCCGGCACCACGGAGCACUGGGCCAAGCGCAUGGGCAACAAGAACGUCAACACCAAGACCUCGCGAGGCAUCAACAUGUCCACCGUGGGCGUGGACAUCGGUGACUGGGUGUACGAGAAGAAGCGCGGCCAAGCCAACGCCAACUACGGCCCCGUCGUGUUCCGCACGUGGGACUUCGGCGGACAGCGCGAAUACUACGCGACGCACCAGUACUUCCUGUCCAAGCGCAGCCUGUACCUGGUGGUGUGGAAGAUCUCGGACGGCGCCAAGGGCAUCCAGGAGAUCCUGCAAUGGCUGGUGAACAUACAGGCGCGGGCGCCCAACUCGCCAGUCAUCAUUGUGGGCACGCACUACGACGUGGUGCGCGAGAACGGCCAGGCGCCCUCGUCCACGUCCAUGUCGGAGGACCUACAGCAGUUGAUCAGGGACAAGUUCAUCAACAUCGUGGACGCGGAGAAGUGCGGCCUGCCUCGGGUGCUGGACACAAUCGAGGUGAGCUGCAAGACGAGGCACAAUAUCAAGCUGUUAUGCAACCUGAUUUAUGACACCGUCUUCAGCUUAAGACCGCCAGGAAGCAAAGAACUUUUACUUGAACAGAAGGUUCCUGCAAGUUACUUGAUGUUGGAGGAUGUCGUUUGCCACUUAGCUGCUGAACGUAAAACAAAGGGAGUGGAUCCCGUGCUAAAUGCUGACCAAUACAAAAAUGUUGUGUGGUGUGAAAUGCAGCACCGAUAUGGGAAGACAUUUAGAGACUGGUCUGAGCUUCAUCAGGCUACAUUAUUUUUACAUGACAAUGGUGUGCUUCUACACUAUGAUGACGCUACAUUAAAGGAUUUGUAUUUCCUUGAUCCUCAAUGGCUCUGUGAUAUGCUAGCUCAUGUAGUAACUAUUAGAGAAAUUAAUCCAUUUGCUAGAACAGGUGUGAUGAAACUUGAUGAUUUGAAGCAUGUGUUCAAAUCGUCAGCUAUUGGCCCUGUUGACACAAGAGGCUACAUAGUUAGUUUACUAAACAAGUUUGAAGUUGCUCUAACCUGGGACAGCAGGACCCUACUCAUCCCAUCUCUCCUGCCUUGUGAAGAAGACCUCCAUCUUCCCUCAACCAACCCUGUCCGGGUAAAGAUUCCUGUUCGGUCAAGAGGGUGGGCUGUGCGUAGUAAAAAGGCAGGUGGUACUCCUGUUCGAGUUCAUGUAGGAAACUCGUCAUUUUACAUUUCAUCCUCCCAAGAUUCUACUGGACGCAUUACCCCUUCAUCCCCCUGUAAGAAAAUGAAAAUAGUGUAA